AUGAUUAACUUAAACUUAGAAAUUAAAGGACUUCUCACUGAGUUUGAUCAUAUAGACAAAGGCCCCAGUUCAUUUGUUUUGAAGCGCUUACAGUCCUUGAAAUAUGAUGAUGCAUCGACGGAUCGCGUCACAUCGGAGCUCUUUAAUGAACUUGUAAAAAAGGUAGAAGUAAAGGGUGCAAUCAAAAUAUGGGCUAUAAUAGAUGUGAUUGUCCAGAUAGGAGCCGUUGUUACUAAAGAAAACACGAAAUAUCAAGAUUUUUGGCUUGUCCUACUGACUAUAAAAAUUCCAAAAAACGCAAUUUUCGAUUCUCACUUGCUUGAAACGCUUUUGUCAAAUGGUUUGAACUCUGCUGGUAAUCAUGCAUGGAAAUGCUUUGCUCUAUUGACAAAAUUGUUUUAUGAGCUGCCACAAUGCAGGCCAACACUUACCUCCUUACUGUUAAAAAAGUAUGCACGCAAGAUGGGUCGAGUUUUAGAUUCACUGCAUGAUUUUCAGCUUGCCAAUUACUUAGUCGAACUAUUGGCGAACGCUUUUCCUCAAGGGCUUGAGUUUCCUAAUAAAUCAAUCCUUCUACCCAAAUUAUGGCAAAAUCAGAAUAAGAACGUAGAUUUCUUUAACAGCAAGAAAUUUCCUAGAAUGGCAAAGCACGGAGAAAAGAUGCUUAUCGAUUAUGUCAUAGAUAAUCUGGGGCCAUUUGACACUUUUGGAUCGAUUAGCAACGUAUCUUGUGGGAGCUUGGAGGGCAAAUGUCACUUAUUAUUCACUGGCCAAGGUUACAUUCAAUUUAUUGGGAAAAAUCUCUACAUUUGGAAUGACAGUAAGCUGUUGCUACAAAUGCGAGUCGAUGGGCUUGAUGUUAUGCCUAUAACAGACAAAUCCAUCAAACUAAUUGUUCUUGAUGUAUUCGAAAGUGUCGUAAUGUCACUAGACACUGAUUGGCUUCAAAACCUGAAAGAACCCGAGUGCUUUUAUAUUACAUUCGAGGAAACCCGUUUACAGGGACGUAUCCUGGAGGCCACCAAAUUCCGCAAAGUAAGUGAAGUUGAAUCAUUCAUAUCCUUGAACUUCAAUUCAUCGAGCGAAGCUGACACUCAUAGUACACAAAACUCAGCAACAAACAGCAAACCAUUGGCUGUGAUGUGUGCCGAGGAUCAUAUAGCCCUUCAGCAAUCGACCAAUGCAGCAUCGAGGUACCUCAAUGAAAAAUCGCAAAUAAGAAUCCAUGGUGAUGACUGGGAUAUUGAACCAUCAAGCCACUCGCCGAACCAGGAAGAUAGCCCAGAUGACAUGCAACAUGUAUUCGGUCACCUCGACUAUUCUGAAUUAGAAAAAUCCCCAGUGGUGAUGAUGCAAACAAGAAGAAAAUUACGAGCACAUUCAAAAGCACUUCGAACAGUUCCUCAGAUCACAAAUCAAAUUGGACUCAACGCAGAAAUCAUCAAGAGGAUUCCUGAAACCAGGACCAAACAAAAUUCGAAAAACAUGAUUCUUCAGGAAAUGGGACGGCUGACACCAAGAAUAGACGAUGCAUCAAUCAUAAGUUUAAAAACUCCGCUGAAAAGUUUGAAAAGUUCAAAUUCGAAGGGUUGUAGCACCAUCAAUAAAAGAGAUAUUUCAGCCUUGGAAACCAUUUUUGGCUCCGGUCAAAAAGAUAAGAAAAGGCACAAACAACAAACCAAGGGCCCUUCUGGUAAAAUAACUCAUGAGUCGAGCACCAUUGGAAAGAAACCAUCGAGGUCACGAAAGCAAGCUCCUAGAAUAGCAAAGUCUACCAUCCAAAACAAUAUUGAUGUGGCCACAGAGAAGAGACUCCGUGGUUCCUCGAAUCACCAACCUCAAAACAGUCCUGCCAAAACCUCCGAGCUUGAAAAAGCCCGUGAAAAUUCAACCCAUUCUGAUAAUGAGGCUAAUUCUAAGCAUAAUAAAAAUGCUUUCAAUAUUGACGGCGAAUCUGGAAUCGAAAAACCCACCUGCGAUACCGGCUCCGGACUAGGACUGAAAAAUGCUGCAGAAUCAACAUCUUUAGAGGCCACCACAGUGAUAUCCGGAUUAUCAGGCCCCUUUCAGGAAGCAAAUAUGCUGGGCAGCUCCUUCACGAAUAAGCUCCAGGAACAAAUCUUUAGCUCUAUAACAAACUUCUCCAACGAGCUUGCUAAGAAAAUAACCAUCAUAAACGAAGAAUUGAACAAGAAAAUAUGUCGGGAAUUGUCAGACAAAUAUUUGCGAAUGUUUGAUGAACUGCAAUCGAGCUUCGAAAGCGAUGUUGCUCAGAUGUCCCAGUUCGUAGGUGAGAUUGGAGAAUUGCUGCAUUUAUCGGAAGAGCGGCUAAUCGAAGUGAUUAGAGAAAAGCAAUUUCAUUAG